AUGCCUACUCCCGAGUCCGAGUUCUUCUUGAAGUGGAAACCAAAAGUACCUCCAACAUUCCAAGGCGUCGAUUUCUCAGACAACGAGGCUGUUGCGAAUGCCAGAGAUGCCAUCGUGCGAGAACAAUGGAUACAGCAGAUGAUGUUGAGAUUAGUAGGGGAAGAGAUGGGAAAAUGUUAUCACCGUGAAGGCGUCAACCACUUGGAGAAAUGCGGCAAAUAUCGAGACCGCUACAUCCAGCUAUUAAAAUCGACCAAAGAGAAGGGUUUCCGAGGACGACAGCAGAACUACGUACCAGGCGUCGACGGACCCGCAGGUGGUCCAGCGAUCCAUACCGACUAUCCGACCGCUCAGCAAGCCAAGGGUUCGAAGGGUUCGGAUUACAGGCCGGGAAACACAAGUGGAAAGGGCGGUGAUGUGCUCUAUUAG